CCCUGCUCACUCCGUUGUUUGACCUGCUUCGCGUGUUGUAGGACUAGCCGGAGCAGAGGUCGGGACGGCGGUGCCCAAUGAUAAAGAUCAACAAGAAGCAUUCUUGACAUUUUUAGAUGAUCGGGAGUGCUCGGUGUAGAGUACCUGCUACCACAGGUCAGGGAGGGAGUUUUCGCGGGAUGAGACCCAGCAGGGGCAGCACGCACUGGGGAUAUCCAGGACGCUGGUAGUGCGCAGUGGCGGUUGGCAGGCAGACGGGCUCACAGUGGGGUCGGUCCCUUUCCGAUGACAAAGCGGCUGACCCGGCCGAUGAAUAACUCAGGAGGAGGUUUCGCUCGAGAACCAAGAUGAUCGCGGCGUUUUUCCCCAUUAAGAAACUGCGGCGGAAUGUCAGAUAUUUUCUGUUCGGGGCGAUUCUGCUGGUCGGGUUUGUGGCCGUAUACCAUGAGAUGGUGGCAGCGAAAGCAUGGAGCAGGGAAACCGCUUCAGGUAUGUAUCCUGACGCUGACAGGAGCAGCUGGAGGAGAGCCAUGUUUGACGGAACAGUCGGAGGGGGCCGUCAACCAGACUCUGUGGAGGAUUCAGCUGCCUGGAGCUCCAGCUACAUUCCACAAACCUGGAAACCAGAGUACAAGGGACAGGCCAAUCUGCACGUCUUUGAGGAUUGGUGUGGCAGUUCGACGGCUGACCUCUUCAAGAACCUGCACUACCCACUGUAUCCUCAUUCCAGGACUACAGUGCAGAAGCUGGCCGUUUCUCCUCAGUGGACCAACUAUGGGCUCAGAAUAUUUGGUUAUCUACAUCCAUAUGCUGAUGGAGAAUUUGUGUUUGCUUUGAGCUCUGAUGACAACUCUGAAUUUUGGCUCAGCACAGAUGACUCUCCCCUCAACUUGCAGUUAUUGGCAUGGGUUGGAAAGACUGGCAAAGAGUGGACAGCCCCGGGCGAGUUUGAAAAGUUUGCCAGUCAGACCUCCAGACCAGUUCGACUGUCUGCUCAGAGGAGGUACUUUUUUGAAGUUAUUCACAAGCAGAACGACAGAGGGACUGACCAUGUGGAGGUGGCAUGGCGGCACCUGGACCAAGAUUUUAGGUUUAUGGUUAUUGAAUCCAGUCACAUCUCCCUCUAUGUUAAUGAGUCUGCCUUGUUAAUCAGUGACGUUGCCCACAUACCACAGACGGCUGCAAGCCACCAACACACCCCCACAAAACAGCGCGGUGCUGCAGCAGACAUGCUGAGGGAAGACCUGCGAGACACUCUGCACCAAAUUCCUUUGAUAAACAGCCAUUUCCUACAAGAUGUUCUGCCUGACUGCUCGUACAAACCCAGCUACAUAAUCAAAGACUUUCCUCUGCUCCGCUACCAAGGACUACAGUUUGUACACAUGUCCUACAUCUACCCCAAUGACUACACCCGACUCACACACAUGGAGACAGAGAACAGCUGCUUCUACUCCGAAAGGCCCUACUACAUGAAGAUGUUUGGUUUCUCAAGAUAUAUGAGACUAGACCGUCCUGAUAUGGAGGAAAAAAGAAACACAGGCAGAGAUUUUGGUUUCCAGAGGAGGAAAUACGUGCUAGAUGAGGACGGGUUUGACAUUGAAGCCUAUCAAAGAGAAAAGGAAGACAGGCUGGACCAGAUAGAUAACGGCCUUUUUCCAGACUAUGGCGAUGAUUAUGAUGACUAUGUUCAGAAACGCAGGCGCAAACUCUUCUCCUUAGUCAUGCGAGAAACUAACAACACGCUGAUGAACACCUCUGACACAAGACCCGCGGACGAGUUGCAAGGGAGGCAAGGGAAAGACGGUGUCCCACAGAAACCAAUUGAGCCUCCGCAGUCAGUACCAACACAACCCUCAAAACAUCACCUGCACCUGCAACGGAACCAGACAAAGUUAAAGCUAGAGGACCGUGUUAAAAACGUAGAACAGAUAAAACCAAAAGGGAAGUCAAAGCCAGCAAAGAGACAAAAGCUCUCAUCAGAAGGGACAGCUCUGAGACGAGGACAGACAAAUCCACCGAUGCCAGAGGACAGAGAGCAGCUCAAAGAACAUGAACGACCAGCAGUCCCGUCAGAGCAGCUCAAUUCUAAACAGCGUCAUAUCCAGAGGUCCCGUAAAGUUAACCAUACCCAAAUCCAGAGAAACAAAGGCUUGAAGCUUCAGCCAUUGGAGAGGGAUCUUCUUCUCCCUGACAAACCCAAGCAGCGGAGGUUUGUAACAAGAGGAAUAGAGCUCCAGCCACCCACCAACAAGCGUUUUACCACUCCUAAGAGAGACAUCAACAGCCCUUCAGUAAGGCUAAAUCAGAGGGACAGAAAACGCCUCAGGUAUAAGGAAAUAGAGAUGAACAUGCCUCUACAGCAGGAUCUAGAAGAUGGCAUCCACAAAGCAAAGAAGAACACUAGAGGCGCAUACAAAAAUUGGUUGGAUGUGAAAGGAGAGCAGGACCGAGCGGGGGAGGAAGACGAGAUUCGCAACAGGGCUGUGGGCAGGAGAGACGUCAGGGGGGGUGAGGGAGACUCUCUGUGGGAACCAGGAGACUUUGAAGGCGUGGAUGACGAAGACCUCACCCCUGCACCGGUGUUUGACACUGAGGUCAAUUGGAACCAGACGUUCCAGAUCAGCCACCUUGACCUUCAGGCAGAGCGUUCUGAUUGGAUCGACCUGCGGUGCAACGUGUCAGGCAACCUGCUGCUCCACUCCAGUGACGCUCUGCCCAUUGUCAAGGCUUUCAUGGACCAACUCAACGAAAAGCACAACGGGCGGUUCACAUUGGUGAGGGUGGUUAACGUGGUGAAGCGUAUGGACGGCGUCCAGGGCAGCAGGUACCUUCUGGAGCUGGCGCUAAAAGAUGUGAAUGGCCAGCUGCUGCGGCUAUCACACUACAUCUACACUCUGAUUCACCACAGCAGGCGGCGCAGCAAGGACUUCAGUUUCCAACCGCCGAAACCUCAGCUGGUACUGUGUAACCCAGUGGGCUUCCGCUGGAAUCCUGCUGCCACCGUCCACUUCAUAGUACCGGUGAAAAACCAGGCUCGGUGGGUGAAGCAGCUGAUUGCUGACAUGGAACAACUGUUCAGAGAAACUGGAGAUGCCAACUUCAAUCUCAUCAUCACCGACUACAACAGCACCGACAUGGAUGUGAGGAAGGCUCUACAGAAAUCCUCACUCCCCAGGUACCGGUAUGUGAAACUGAAUGGAAACUUUGAGCGCUCUGCUGGUCUGCAAGCAGGUGUCGACCUCAUAAAUGAUGACCACAGCAUUGUGUUUCUUUGUGACCUCCACAUUCACUUCCCUGCUUCCAUCAUCGAUACUAUCAGGAAGCAUUGUGUGGAGGGAUACAUGGCCUUUGCUCCCAUAGUCCUGAGACUGGGCUGCGGGGCUACGCCAUUAGAGCCCAGAGGUUACUGGGAGGUCAAUGGCUUUGGCCUGCUGGGGAUCUAUAAGUCAGAUCUAGACGCAGUGGGAGGAAUGAACACCAGAGAAUUCAGAGACCGCUGGGGAGGAGAAGACUGGGAGCUCCUCGACAGAAUUCUCCAGGCGGGACUGGAAGUGGAGAGGAUCUACUUGAGGAACUUCUUCCACCAUUAUCACUCCAAACGUGGCAUGUGGAACCGCCGGAUGUCGUCCAGCCACAGCGGCAGCCAGCAGGGACCAGCCGCUGCACCGUGACCAUAAUAGGUGCCACUGUUCCAACUACCGUUCCAAACAGAGCACUUUAUUGUCGGAGGAUGAUUGCUGCUAUACAACAAUAAUGCCUGCUGACUGACAGAGAGGUGACACAGGAUGCUAACAUAGGAGUGGGAACUGUCUUCAGCCACUCUGUCGAACAGCAAUGUACACUUGGCAGCAGUGAAGGUCUUUUCAUAAGGAGAUACUACUGAUAUGCUCAGCAUUUAUUUCACUGGAUGUACUGUUAACUGCCAUUGACUGUGUGCUAUUACAUAUGAAGAUACUGCUGUGCACCAUGUUGCUGACUGAGAACAUGAUGACCAGCACUACUGGCUGCAAAGAACCAAGCAUAUCCAAAGACAAAACAUAAACUGAAUGACCGUUCACUGAGGAUGUAUACACACAUCCUAUGUCCUAUAUCAUAAACAUCACACACAUCUUGUACAAGAGUCUCAACUCGAGAAAAAGUUGUUUGUGACAAAAUGAAAUGCACAUAUUCGACAGCAGAUUGUGUACACGGUAAACACAGCCUAAUUUGUCAUGUUUCUGGGAUUAUUUAUUAUAUCAAUGUUUGUAGGAUCUUUUGUGUUAUUUCUAGAAAUAGAUGGCAUUUCAGGAAAGUAUUUGUUCUUAUUAAUAUUAACUGUGCCUUCUGUUGUGACUGUUAUUCAGGUACUGGGGCCACACAACAUGGCUGUUUUUUAUAGACAAGUCAGGAAAAGCCUUAAACUGGGGAAAAACAAUUAAAUGUGUGUUAUAUUUUCACGAUUGUAUCAUUUAGUUUUGUCGGGGAAGGACGGUCAAUUUAAAAAAAAAAAAAAAAAAAUUUAGACAGGUAUGUUUUGUAUUGGCCAAUAAAUCACAGGCAAUAUUGGCAUAUGAAACGAGAAUCAAAUAUGAGAAAACUGAAGUUUGAAUAUGCUGCCUAUUUCUGCCCAUUUUUCCUACACUGCCGUUUACCAAAGAUAAUAGUUGAGUAGGAGAACUUCUUUUUUCCUGUGCAGAGCAGUCAUAAAGCAGUGUUUGAUUUUCAACAUGACAGGCUAUUGAAAAUGUAGCAUUACAGUCAAUUUUAGUAAAGUAAUUUUCCUGUUUAUUUAUGUCAAUGCACCUAGCUUAUUUUUUUUCUUUUAUCGAUCUACCUGCUGAACUUAAUAGUUGUUUUUCAGAAGAAUUAUUUUUUUGAAUGAAUCUCAAAAGUCUAUGAAGCUUGAAGCAGUGAAUACAGAUAGAAAAUGUAGCCGGUGAAAAAAGAUCUUGUUUAUUUAUCAUUUUGUUUUGUUACAUUUCAUUGUUAUUUAAGACUAAUGGCAGCAUUCUCUCGUUCACAUUCCAGUUUAACAUGUUGUGCCUUUCUUAGUCAUUGAAAUUAAUACAUGUUGGACAGUUUCACAUGUCAUUUAGGGAAAUAAAAACACAACACAACACAAUUCUUGUCGGAUGCCACACUUUGCUUUGGUUUUGGUUUGUAAGACUGCCAAGAAUUGUGUGAUGUUUCUUCCCCUUUUUUCUUGUACCAAAGCAUUGCACCUUUUGAAAUCUGGCCCCUGGUUUGGCCAGAAUGUUUGAUGCUUUCCCAUUUCCUCCUUUACUACUCCUUCAUCUCUUACUUUGUUGUAUUUAGAUAUACCUCAUCCCUCUCUUUGUGCUGGGAGUUAACCUCCGCCUUAUUGCACUCUCUUCUCAGGUCUUUUCCAAUUUACACUGCCAUGACAAAUUUGAAGAAUAAAUUACUCUUGCCUUCAUUUCCAUCAAA